CUAUACUUUAAUAAAAACUUUUUUUUUUUUUUAAAUAGAGGAUAGGAGAUCUGUGCCUUCAUCCAAAUUUGCCACCUUGGGACCCUCCAAUCUCCCAUCAAAAUCGGGUGGGGUACAGGGCAACCCAGAUCCAGGAUUCCAACUCCCCAGAGCCCAACUCUGGGUUAAGAUGUUCUGUGAACUUGCUUUAUAUAUUAUUACUAAAGGGCCCAUUUCAACGGGUUAUUUUUCUAAAUAAAAGAAGGCUGUCCAGAGAUAAGUUUACUUUCCCCCUUUGAGGGCUCAAAACUAAACUAGUUUUGAUUGACAUUAACUCAGCAACAAAAAAUGGUCAUAGUUUUUUUCUCCACCAGACGAUCCCUGAUAAAUGAAGAGUUAAAACCGCUGCAGCAGAGUUUGGCAUAUAAAAUACACAUUUUGUUAAAUUUUAUUGAAGUGUUAUAUUACUGUUUUAAUAAUAGCGUAAUAAAGUUAUAAACUCAUAAAAACAAAACACGAACGGUUGCUCCCACCAAUACCCCAACCUGAAGUGAGACCGGGGCUUUACCCAAAGCGGGUACAGGGACGGGAAGGGGGAAGAAGGAGCCGCGGGAGACAGACACAAGGACCAGCCCGGUGGAUAAUGAAUUGGAGGGAGAGAUGCAGGUAUGACAGGGGAAAUCAGAGGCCGGUAGGGGUGGCGAUCUCCUCGCAGUGGGGAAGACCCUGCCGCCCCUACUCUGGGCCAAGUCGUCCCCGCCACAGCGCGGUGGCUGCGUUGAGGUGGGUGUAUGUGGUGGGGCUACUCGUGGGGACAAAGGGCGGAGCUUCAGAGACAGACUUUGGCCCCGGGGUCCGUGCAGAGUUUGGCCCUGCCGCCCCCACCUGCCGUGCAGCGAGGAGCCAGCGCGUCACUCCCAGCGGAAACGCCGCACCGCCCGGGCGUCUGGCGAGGUGCGCGCCUCCCGGCCCCCGCUCCGACGCUUCGCGGCUUCGGGCCCUCCGCCUUCCCAGCUCGGCAGAACAGGGGCGGGGACAGGGUAGCACCUACCGGAAUCCGCGACUCCAGCCGCCGAGGAGCUUUCGAAGCCAAGCCAGCCCAGACGGCACCCUGGAGCCUCCCGCGCUGAGGGUCCGCGCCGAGCCGAGGGUGGGAGGCGCCGACGCCGACUUGACAGCGCGUCCCAGCACCAAGGGCUUGCUCGCUCUCGCUCUCAGGAAAAACUGAGGGAACAAGCUUGGUUCCCGGAGCCAGCGGGGACUGUGGAGACACAGCUAGAAUCCUCAACAGCUUGGAAAUCCUAUCACCUUGGUUCCCUGAAACUUGCAGGAGGAGCUGACAGCUGGCUGACAAAAAAUUCAUCCAGGGAGAGAAAAGACAUAAGUGAAGUCUGAAAUUUUGAAUAACGUUUUCAGAUGAGGAACCCAAGACAGAGGCUGAGAGAUUGAACUGUGGCAUACAGCUAGCACAUGGGGGAAUCGGGAUGGAAAUCUGGACAGUUCUCCAGUACUCAGGAGAGUACUGGAGAGGGAGUAUGCCUACAUCCACAAGACAGAUUCACUAGCUGCCACUAGCUAGUGGUGCCACUGCCCAGCUUCUUCACAGAGCCCUGGAGCACACGGCACCCUCCCUUCCCACAGGACCACAGUGGGGCAGUGGCCUCAAGCAGCCCAGCCGGAAGUACGUGGCCAGCUCCCCUUCUUUUCUCAGAACCUCUGAUACCAACCUUGGUUUUGAUUCUGACUUUUGAAGAUGGAUGAAGGUAUAGAAAUUUCGAGUGAUGGAAAUUCCCUGAUCAAAGCAGUCCAUCAGAGCCGGCUUCGCCUCACAAGACUCUUGCUAGAAGGUGGUGCAUACAUUAAUGAGAGCAAUGACCGUGGGGAAACACCUUUAAUGAUCGCUUGUAAGACCAAACAUGUUGAUCACCAGAGUGUCAGUAAAGCCAAAAUGGUUAAAUACCUGUUAGAAAACAAUGCUGACCCCAACAUACAGGACAAAUCUGGGAAAACUGCUUUGAUGCAUGCUUGCUUAGAAAAAGCCGGUCCUGAAGUUGUUUCCCUGCUCCUAAACAGUGGGGCUGAUCUCAGCUUGCAAGAUCAUUCUAGUUACUCAGCCCUUGUUUAUGCUAUAAAUUCAGAGGAUAGAGAGACCCUGAAAGUUCUACUUAGUGCUUGCAAGGCAAAAGGGAAAGAGGUCAUUAUUAUAACAACAGCAAAAUCACCCUCCGGUAGGCACACUACCAAACAGUACUUAAAUAUGCCUCCUGUAGAUAUGGAUGGGAGUCAUUCCCCAGCCUCCUGUGCCACUCCUUCAGAAAUAGACAUAAAAACAGCUUCGUUGCCACUUACACAUUCUUCUGAAACUGAAAUGACACUUUUUGGCUUUAAAGGUCUGGAGCCCUCAGGAAAUAGUGAUGACACACAGGACCCAGGCUCCCCUGUGAGGAAGCCUUCUAUGGCCUCUAAUGGGCCCAAGCUACCCCAGGCUCCAACCUGGAUCAAGAGUCCUCCCUUAUUCAUGCACCAAAACAGAGUGGCCUCCUUGCAAGAGGAGCUCCAGGAUAUUACUCCAGAGGAAGAAUUGUCCUACAAAACCAAUGGGCUGGCACUUUCCAAGCGAUUCAUCACUAGGCACCAAAGUAUUGAUGUAAAAGACACUGCACAUUUGCUGAGAGCCUUAGAUCAGGCCUGCUCAAGAAAGAUGUCAUAUGAUGAAAUAAAUUAUCAAUCAUUUUUUUCAGAAGGAAAUCAGCAAUGCAUUGAAAUCCCUGCUGAGCCAGAUCCAGACUCUAACCAGACGAUAUUUGCUUCCACCUUAAGAAGUAUAGUCCAAAAAAGAAACUCAGGGGCAAAUCACUACAGCUCUGAUUCCCAGCUCUCAGCUGGUCUUACCCCUGCAACUUUAGAAGAUGGCAAAGCACUUAUAGGAAAGAAAAAGAUCCUCUCACCGUCUCCUUCCCUGUUGUCAGGGCCCAAAGAAUUGUUGGAGAAUAUCUCACCAGGUCCCUUGAGCAGGAGAAAUCAUGCAAUUUUAGAAAGGCGUGGUUCAGGAGCUUUCCCUUUAGAUCACGGUAUCACGCAAGCCAGACCAGGAUUUCUGCCACCCUUAAAUGUGAAUCCUCAUCCCCCCAUCUCUGAUAUCAAUGUCAAUAAUAAGAUUUCCAGCCUCCUUUCUUGUGGUCAAAAAGUGCUAAUGCCAACAGUUCCUAUGUUCCCCAAAGAAUUCAAAAGUAAAAAAAUGUUGUUAAGGAGACAAUCAUUGCAAACAGAACAAAUUAAGCAAUUAGUAAAUUUUUAAGAGAUGACUAGAAAGCCCAUUUUGUCCAAAUGUCUACAUCAGAGAAAUAUAGAACCUGAAAAUAAAUCUCAAAUGUUCAUCUUUUAAAAUCUUAUAAUUGGUUAGUCAAUAAUUGUUUGAGGUAUCAAAAUAUACUGUGUAUCAUAUUAAGUACCGUGGACACACAAAUAAUACAUAGUUUCUGCUAAGGAAAUUCUCUCAAACAAAAUUAAAGCUAUACUUCUCAAAACCUCUAAUAUUUAACAAUCUUCAUAUGGUCCAAGUUUUUAAUUUAAGCAAAAAUCAGCAAAAAAAAAAAAAAAAAGUCACAUGUGGUAGAGAUGACUUUAAAAUUUUUUUCAGAUUUUUCAGAUAUUUUAUUAGGAAACACGGCAUUCAAAUCAAUAAAUAUUUUUAACAUUAAAAGUCAACAAAUAAGAUUGUAAUUUUCCAUGAUGCCAAAAGCAUAAAAAAAAAGGGACAGCUAUUAAAAUGUUCUAUGAACAAUAAGCCAAAGGUACAAAGCCUAAGGCAUAAAGAAAGAAUGAGCUAAUUCUUAAAAAAUGUUGACUGCAGGUAGGUGAAAUCUAAUUAAAAUUAAAAUUUUUUUUCUAAUUCAAAUUUUAAAAAGACCAACCUAUUAUAGUAGACUAGGCAGCCAAUAUUCGUAUGGUCAGUUUAAUCAACUCCAAGUGACAGAUCAGUUUUACAAGCUAGUAAUAAUCUAUGUGAAGUGCUGGUGUGCUGUUUUUUGCUUUGUUUUAUUUUGAUUUUAAUGUACUUUCAUGGAAUUGUUUCUCCAUAUCUUUUAAUUCCUGCUAUUAUUUUUUAAAGCCUAUAUAUAGGUUCUCGACAACAAGAUAAAGCAAAAGGUUUAAAAGCGUUAUAUCAAAUUACUCUUGUCGUUCUAAGGACAACCAAAAAAUGGGGAUUUAUCACAAAUAGAAACUAUAUGCUUGCUUCGUUUUAGAAAAGAAAAGCCGAUUAUUAGAUUAUCUUAGAUUAGCUAAAAUUAAGAAAGCCAGUAGAAACUUAAUUACAAAAUAUACUACAUAUUCGGCCAAAAUUAAACAGUAUCUUUAAUUUCUAAUAUAUAAUCAUUAGACAUUUAUAUAAUAAGAAUAAUAAGGGUAAUUUCCUUAGCGUGACAUUCCAAUCACCUAGUAUUUAGGACCUAUGAAUAACUUCUAAUUAAAUAAAUGAAUACCAUGCUACUAUCAUAAAAUGUUACAAAAUGACUAUAUUAUCUGUCUGAUUUCAAAAUGUGGUGUUUAUACAAAAAAUCCUCAUUUCAAUCUAGCAGUUUUACAACAAAGAAUAAGUCAAAUUAUAUAAAACCUGAGUAUAUUAAUUUGAUGACUGUCAUAUACAACUUUAUUUCUUUGCCUAUUAGUAGAGGAGAUCCUAACAAUUGGCAUGAUGCUUGGUAAUUUGAUAUAAGCAAGUUGUAAUGUACAUGGUAAUUAUUUAAUUUCUUGUGGCUUUUAUUUGAAAAAAAUAAUUGGAGGUUUUCCAUUUAAUGUUUUGAAGAACAAUAAUGUAAAUUACAUUAGAAAUAUUUUUUGAUUCAGAACUUAGAAUUGUACCUGAUGUUUAUAGGUAGCUAAACCCUUUUUGCAAGUUUUAAUAUUGAGAAAAGUGCUUGGCUUUGAGUUGUAAGGAUACAGUCUGGAAAAAUAUGUAAAUAGAGUAGUUCAUAAACAAAAUGGUAUCAAUAAAGAUUUUAAAUGUUA